ACUCCAACUCCCACAAUGCAUCACUUCAGACACAGCUCCAAGCAGUCGGUACCUCGGAGCACAUCAUCACUGUGGACUCGCCGUGCUCAAGAGCAAUGGCAGCCGCCUUAUCCCGCGCCCUCAAACUGCCAGGAAAGAAAGGCUCCGAGCUGGGCGAGUACGACCCGCUCACCCAAGCUGACAGCGAGGAUGAGAGCGAAGAGGACGACCUGGUCCUCAAUUACCCCCGCAACGGUCUGGGCCGGGACACUCACCUGGGCCCCAGAGGGAGAACCGGGCGACUUGUGGCGGCCGAAGAUGGGGCAGCGGAGGACGAGGACGAAUGGCGAGAGCGGCCCGCCAGCAAGUCCCGCCCGGACAGAGACGAUGGGCGGCACUGGGGCUCGUCGGGGGACGACGUGGGGCAAGCGGGAACGUCCGGUCUCCGAGUUCGCGGUACCGAUGAGGAAGAGAAAAGGAUGAGGAGGAAGAACGCUGCGCGGGCUUCCUGUUUCCUGCUGCCUCUGGUGUGCGCCAUGGUGUUGGUGCUGCUCGGUGCGUUCCUCAUUCCUUGCCAGAAGGGGGCCGUGGCGAAGAGGCCGCAGUGGGAGAGAAGACAGGGAGAUGCAGCAGGUGUGACUCCACCUGCCUUGGCGUUAUGGGAUGUGGACGGGGACUCGGUGGAUGACGUGCUACUCAGUGUGAGCGAGUGCACCAACGACACACGUGUCACUCAAGGAACCAAAAUCCACAGUGCCGUGGUCCUGUCCGGCGCCACGGGCCAGGUGCUCUGGAGGAAAGUCACGUUGGAGUCGGUCAUGUACGUCCAAUGUGGUCUCCGGAUCAGCGCCCGGCCAACACCCGUGUGUCUCCUCAUCGGCAAGUCCGUCAUCACGGCUGUGAACGGCACCACAGGGAAGAACCUGUGGUCUGUCCUGCUGAAGAACAUCGAGUCCCAGGCGGUCUUACUCCCAGACCUCCAGGAGGACUCCAUCCCAGACCUGCUCAUAGCCACCCUGCCUGCAGAUGAGGCUCUGGCUCUCUCUCUGACUCUAAAGUCGGGGCUGACUGGAGAAACUCUGGGACAGUCCGUGUCCUUCAACCUCACAGGACAGGGGAAGCUGAUCGGACCACUUCUGCACCAGACACAGCAAGGGGCGGCCUACAUCCUGUUCGGCCUCGGUAACGUGGUGGCCGUCUCCCUGCGCGAUGUCUACAUCCGUGCAACCGGUAAGUCGCCCAUGGCUCAGGCGCUCUGGCGGAAGGAUCCAGGAUGGGAGAGUCUCGAUAAAACUAAUUCCUCUUCCUUCAUACACAUUUUCAGAGGAUCAGAGCGUGUGGACUUCCUGCUCCCCCUGGUGGCCGGUUUGGGCAGCUGCGACAACAACCUGGACACGGUCGCCAACCUGAACUCCAGCAAGAGCGACUGGGUGCUGGUGUACGGCUCCAGCAAACUCUCCGUGCUCAGACAGAGGGACGUACGAAAACAGUGGACCUUUAACUCCGCCCCCAUCCACAGCCAACCAACACCAGGACACUUCAACGAUGAUGGAAUCCUUGAUAUUUUCCUUCAGCACUCAUCAAAGGGCGUCAUGACGGCGCUGGUGAUCGACGGGGCCAACGGGCGCCCUCUCUGGACGGCACAGUUCGUGUGCCCUCGUCUGGUUUUGGAAGCGGCAGCGGUCGCCACUUCCACUGGUCUGUCUGCUUUUGUCUUCUGGGCCAGUGAGCCAAUCAGAGCGCGGAAGAAUAUCACCACAGCAACUGUAACUCCUGGUGUUGCUGAGCCGGUCAUCAGAAAGCUCUUCCUGUUGCACCCGACGCUUCCCACAAUCCUCCAGGAACUGAGCAGCACCACAGACACGGUAGUGGCGGCAGCAGUGAGUUACGAGGAGCCUCUGAAAGACGCGACCUACAUCACCGUGUCCUCGCGGCCCACGCCCGACUCUCAGCCCGCCGCCCGGCUAGUGAGGAGCAUGAGCCUCCGCGCCGCCCUCGCCAAAGGACACACACUCUCACUCGGCGACGAGACCGGGACGUCGCACGAGAUCAUCGAGGCGUUCUUCAGACGCUUGUUCUUCAGACGUCAGUGAGACACUGAAUGAAGCACGAGACACCAGUGACUGACCUCAAGGGAGCAUAGAAGAUGUUUACAUCUCACUAGUCCAAUUCAUCAGUAUUUAAUAUUUUUCUGUCAAAUAUGUCUUUUUUUUUCCAAAUAACUUUUGUCAUUUUAUUUUAUGUUUCUUUUAAUUGAAUUUGUAUUUAAUUUUAUUUGAUUUUUCUGUCAGUCUUUUUUUUUUUUUUUACAAAUAACCAUUUUUUAUGUCAUUUUAUUUUAUAUUUCUUUUAAUUUAAUUUGAUUUCAUUUUAUUUUAAUUUUGUUUCGUUUUAUUUUAUUUUUCUGUGAGUUUUUUUUACAAAUAACUUAAUUUUUGUCAUUUUAUUUUAUAUUUCUUUUAAUUUGAUUUCAUUUUAGUUGUAUUUAAUUUCAUUUUUUAAUGUAUUUCAUUUUAUUUGUUUUAUUUAAAUUGUAUUUCGUUUUAUUUUAUUUGUAUUUCAUUUCAUUUGUUUUUUUUAUUUUAAUUUAAAAAUGUUUUAUUUUAUUUGUAAUUAAUUUCAUUUUUUAUCUUAUUAAUUUUAAUUUGUUUUAUUUUUUGUAUUUUAUUUUAUUUUUCUGCCAAACAGUCUUUUUUUUUUUCAAAUAAUUAUUUUUUAUGUCAUUUUAUUUUACAUUUCUUUUAAUUUCAUUUCAUUUUAUUUGUAUUUUUCUGUCAAAUAUCUGUCUUUUUUUUAACGGCACUUAAAUAACUAAGUGGCGUUGAAGCAUGUUUUAACAUUUGAUUGAAUGUUCCGCGAUUGCUGCGACUUGAAAUGAAAACGUGUUUACGUCACUUGUUGAACUCUUCAUGAUGAUAAAUAUUCACUUUUGUACAGUAUUUAUUUGGUGUACUCGGCUGCUCACACCUUGUAUCGUACACCACAACUUCUUCUCUAGCAUAAAGAUACAAAUAUGUACCAUAGCUCUGCAUUUUAUCAAUGGAUCGUGUAGCGUUUGCCUCGUUUUUGACCGUGAUGGCAAACUAAAAUAGUGUAAUGAUAACCAUAGAACCGUGGUACAAUUGAGUACAUUGAUCAAUAGAUGCCAUGUUGAACAUACAAGUUGUGUUCUUAUGCUGUAGUACUUCCUAGUAGUUUUACUUUCAAUACAGUGUUGACAUUUGUACUUGGAUGUUGGUUAGCAAUAUCAAAUUGUUAUUCAGUAUGAAUGAAAACAUUGCCUGCGCCGUUAAUAAAAGUUUUAUGCUGUUC